AUGUCUGAGCCUGCGCCGGACCACAACACACAGCCUGCCGCAGCCAAAUCGGGCCUUUGGGCAGAGAUAGAAUCACUGAAAUCACCGGAAGCUAAAAAUGUCGCCGCUGAGCCAAAGGUUGGAGCCCAAGCUCCGACUGCACCUGAGCUAUCUUUACCGGAUGGCCGGAAGACAAUUGUCCUGUUCUUGCGCCAUUGUGGCUGUCCCUUUGCAGAAAAGACCUUUAAAGCCUUGACAUCGUUAUCAGACAAGCAGAGAGACGUCCACUGCAUUGCUGUGUCCCACUCCUCUUCGGAGGCAACUGAAAGAUGGAUACCACAAGUUGGUGGUGUUUGGCAGACCGAUAUCAUUGUAGAUGAAAACCGGGACCUCUAUGCAAAAUGGGGACUUGGGUUGUCAAGCACCUGGCACGCGUUCAAUCCCAUGGCUCUCUACUCUGUCUACCGUUUAGGUGCUGACGAAGGAAUCUGGAAUCGCCCUACUGAGAGCGGAAGUCGGUGGCAGAAGAGCGGAGCGUUCGCAGUUGAUGGGGAUGGUACGAUUCGUUGGCGGCACAUCUCCAAGACCGCUGAUGAUCUGCCUGAUUUUAAUGCGGCCCUCGAAGCUCUUGGUGUCAUCCAGCAGGAUUAA